AUGGCAACGCUCAACGUACGAGAUGCAUUGUCCUACCUGGACCAAGUCAAGGUCCAGUUUACAGACCAUCCUGAUGUGUACAACCGAUUCCUCGAUAUCAUGAAAGACUUCAAAAGUCAGACGAUCGAUACGCCUGGCGUGAUUGAGCGUGUUUCGACGCUCUUCCGUGGACAGCCGAGCCUCAUCCAGGGAUUCAACACAUUUCUUCCCCCAGGCUACCGUAUCGAGUGCAGUGUCGACCAGAACGAUGGAAAUAUGAUCACUGUCACCACCCCUGCUGGGACGACGACCCAAACCCUGGGCGGCGUCGGCAUCGCCGGCGCGAUCAACCGCAUGAAUGGCAAAGGUUCCAACAUGGCACAGAGCCCCCCGCAUGGCAUGCAGCUUGGGCCCGUCGAUCGUGUCGGCAGCCCCCAGCGGCACGCGCCACCGAGCCAGCCUGCCUAUUCGCCGCAAGAGUUUCCAGAGAAUCGCGCGCCGGGGCUGAGCAUGAAUGGGAGGCCGCUGUCGCCUAGUGGUCCACCGAAGCAGCGGCCGGUUGCAUACGGCAUGCCGCCGGGCAGCUAUGAGCCCGCCCCCCCUGAAGGCGUACGCCCACCCGUCGAGUUUAACCACGCCAUCAACUAUGUGAAUAAGAUCAAGCAGCGCUUCUCCGGCGACCCCGACACGUACAAGCAGUUCCUUGAGAUUUUGCAGACUUACCAGAAAGAGCAGCGUCCCAUCCACGAGGUGUAUGCACAAGUCACUGUCCUGUUUGACCACGCGAAAGAUUUGCUCGACGAAUUUAAGCAGUUUCUUCCCGAUACGGGCGCGCCUGGCGGCGGUACCGGCGGCGGUCUCUUUGGCAUGCUUGGCCAUGUCACAAACGGAAUGGGCCCACCGGACGCCCAACCGAUCAACUAUGAGCGGCUCCCGCCCAACGUGCCGCAACCAGCGCCGAUCCCGCCUCCCGGCAGGAAAAAGCGCAGCGUGGGUGGCGUUGAGGAUACGCCGUACGCCGCAGAUGUGCCGAUGCACCUCAAGAACGGCGCGCGCAGCAAGCGGACGAAGCAUGCCAAGGUCGAUGGUCUGUCUCCCCCUGCCCCCUACAUGCAAUCCGUUCCCCACGGCGAGGCACCAGAGAUGUACGCACCCAUGCCUGGAAUUGCACCUGGCUACGAGCCAAUGCCGCCGGGUGCGCCAGGGUACAUGCAGCCACCCAUGUACGACAUGCAAUCCUACCCUCCGAUGCGUGUCAUGGGCGGCAAUGUGAUGCAAAUGCCACACAUGGCGUCGCUCAACGAAGUCGCCUUCUUUGACCGCGUCAAGAAGCACAUGGACGACCGCGCAACCUACCUCGACUUUCUCAAACUGCUUAACCUCUACACGCAGGACGUGAUCGAUGUAAACACGCUCGUGGACCGCGCCGCGCUCUUCCUUGGCGGCCAGCCUGAACUGCUCGCCGCGUUCAAGUCGUUGGUUGGCUACGACAUGAGCAAGCACGGCUGGACAGAGACGGAGGAUGUGGUGCUGGAGAAUGUGCCCGCCCUUGAGCGCGACCGCGUUGACCUGCACGACCAGCGAUCGUACGGCCCUUCCUACCGGCGCCUGCCCGAAUCCGAGGUCAAUUUGGCGUGCUCUGGCCGCGAUCCGCUCUGCUGGGAAGUGCUGAACGACAAGUGGAUCAGCCAUCCUACCUGGGUGAGCGAGGGCGAAUCGUUCAAUCCCCACAAGAAGAAUGUGUACGAAGAUGCGCUGUACCGCUCCGAGGAAGAGCGCCACGAGUAUGACUACCACAUCGAGGCAAACUUGCGCACCAUUGCACUCCUGGAACCGAUCGCCGCACGGAUCGCCGUCAUGGACGCCGAAGAGCGCGCCAGUUUCCGACUCAAGCCCGGGCUCGGCGGGCAGAGCAAGAGCAUCUACCAGCGCAUCAUUAAAAAAGUCUACGGGCGCGAACACGGCCUGGAAGUGAUUGCUGCUUUGCACGACAACCCAGCCGUGGCUGUCCCUGUUGUCCUUGCGCGCCUAAAACAAAAAGACGAGGAGUGGAAGCGUGCACAGCGCGAGUGGAACAAGGUAUGGCGCGAGGUCGAUGCGCGCAACUUCUACGAGGCGCUCGACCACCAAGGCGUCAACUUCAAGAGCAUGGACAAAAAGGCCAUCACCACCAAAUCCUUUGUGCACGAGAUCGAGACACUGCGCGCUGCACAGCAGCAAACACGACUUGAACUCGACCGUGGUCUGCCGGCCAUUGUGCCGCGCUUCCAGCUCGAGUACCUGAUGGCCGAUGGCCACAUUCUCGCCGAUGUACUGCGGCUUUCGAUGCACUUUAUGGACCGCGCCGCGAGCGGAUUCAGUGCGCAUGACCGCGAGCGGAUCGAGUCGACGUUUCAGGCGCUACUCCCCAAGCUCUUUGGCAUCUCGCAGGAAGCGUUUGCCACGCUGCUGGUGCGCAAGCGCGACGAGGAAGAAGAGGCAAGCGUGGAAGAGGAGGAAGAGAGCGAGUUUGAAUCGCAGCGCGACCUGGAAUUGCGCCGCGCACGCAAAGGCGGCGAUCUGCGCAAGCAUGCACUGCGCAACAAUGCAGAGUCGCACGCCGGCCAAGGCACUGCGCCCGCCUCGACAUGGCACGUCAAUACAGAGCCCGAGGCGCUGAGCGCUGCGAGCAAUGCCAAGCACAGCGAGGCAGCGCCCGCCAACAUAUUUGUCAACACGAUGCUCUACGUGUUUGUGCGCCUCUUGCAGCUGCUCUACGCGCGCCUGCACAAGCUGCGCACGGUUGCUCAGGAGAUGGUACAAGCCAAGUCGGACACGUGGACCAAAGUCAAUCCGCUCGCGGCCGAGCUCGGAAUGAUUGACACGGCGAGUGGGCCUGCUGGCAUGGUGUGUGCGAUUGCAGCGGCAAUGCAAGCGCGCAAUGGGCAAGCGCCGCACUCGCGCCUCUCGAAAGAAGCGCCCGCGCACGCACAAAUGCCCCCCAGCGACCGCGCGGUGCUGCAACUGGACCCAGCGUACUACUAUGCCAUUUUGCUCGAGCUCAUCACGCGCCUUUUGGAUGGCGAGAUUGACCAGAGCUCCUACGAAGAGUGUGUGCGAUUCAUGUACGGGACGCAUGGGUACAUUGCCGUUACAUUCGACAAGGUGAUCCAUGCACUGGUCAAAGGCGCCUUGACCAUCAGUGCCGAUACCAAGAGCCAGGAAUUGCUCCAUAUUUUCGACGCGACGGAGCAUGCACUCGCCGCAAUCCGCACCGAGGACGGCGAGGCGAGCGAAGCGCGCGACGUGCGGCUAUAUAGGCGGCUCAUUGGCGCGCGUAUGGACGCAGAGAAUGUGGUCGGGCGCGACGAGCACCUCUUCCGCAUCGAAGUCGCCCCUGCACAAGGCACGCAGGAAGAAAUGCGCGCGACAGUGCCACCACACAAGCUGCACAUCCAGCUGCUCUCCCACGACGACCUCACCUUGGAAGAUCCCAAGGACCGGGAGCAGCGCUGGCUGCAGUACAUGGCUAGCUACUGUCUCUGGGCACCUACCGAAGGACUCGCGGCCGAGACGCUAGCACCGCUGCUCAAGCGCAACCUGCCUGCAAGCCCAGAAACGGCAGAUGCACAAGGCACGCGCUAUGUAAUACGCAAUGGGCUCGACAUCCGCGUUUGCAUGCACACCUACCGCCUCUUUUUCGUGCAGGGCUCGGAAGAUGUGUUUGCACGGAUGCGCUCUGCGGAGGAUAAGGAAGCGCUGGCUAGGAACGCAGCGGCGCGUUCCCGUCGCUGGAAUGCGUGGCUCGACGCAAGGCGUGCUGCUUUGGACGCGCCUGCGGAGGAGCAAGUUACUGAGGAGCCCGACGCAAACGAAUCGCUCCCGACGCACACUGCUCCAGAUGCAGUGCCCGAUGCGCGUGCAAUGGAGCAAGAGGCGCAACGCCCUCCAUCCAGCGAUGCGCAAUCUCCCCCGCCCAUGUCCGCUGCAGGCGUAUCGAAUGCCGAGCGCGCGGAGCGUGUGGACAAUGCGCUAGGCACACAGGCACACACUGAGCCACAUCAAACGUGA